CAUCACCGGCACCGGAAGUUAUUCAUUCGGCUUGGAAACUUGGGCGAACGACUUCUGCUACCGACAAGAAUCGACUAUUUUCAAUAAAAAAUGGGCGACUUUUUGAGACAGCUUGAAGAAGCUUCACAUAUCAUAUUGGCACCACCUCAUACUGUUAAUCAGGAACAGAGACAAGCUGCAGAGCAUACCAUUCUUGCUUUCAGAAGAGCAUCAAACCCACUCCAGGCAUGCCAAUUCAUUUUGGAACACAGUAGUGUUGACUACAUCUUGUUCCAGGCUGCAUCAACGGUCAAGGAAGCGGUCAUUAGAGACUGGGCAAUGCUUGACCACUCACAGGUUUACAGUGUCCGCAGUUUUCUUCUGAAAUAUGUCACGCAUAAACCAGGCUUACCCAGCUAUGUGCGGGAGCAGAUUCUUCAAGCGGUAGCGGUAAUCUUCAAGCGAGGGACGGUGGAGAGCAAGGAGAAUGGUAGGGAAGGCCUCUUUGCCGAUAUCUCACAGCUCAUCACAAGCGGUGAUCCACCUUUGCAAAUGAUAGCAUGUUCCAUGUUGACGGCUCUCCUCAACGAGUACUCAGGAUCCACACGAACCAGUGAUAUCGGUCUUAGCUGGGAGUUCCACAUACAAUGCAAACAUAUAUUUGAGAUUCACGACCUGAAGAAGGUGUUCAUGUAUGCUGUCCAAAUCCUUCAUCAACUGAUGUCAACAGAAGGUCCUCUGAGUGGUGACACAGCCAAGGUCUUCAGUAGAUUCUUGAGUAUAUGUGAACAGGUCCUGAGCUGGGAGUUUGCUCUUGUUAGACCAGCGAGACGGCGUGUAGGGUCAUUCCAGCCUGUGGACACACCCCCUCUAAGACCCGAUGGUAAAUGGAGAGACCCACUUCUAGACCAUGGACUGCUUGAACUAUUUUUCAAGAUUCAUGCAAGGACACGGUUAAACCCUGAUUCUUGUCACAUCGCCAUGCAGUGCCUGUCCCAGCUAGCUACCCUUGAUGGACCAGUCUUUGCAGACCGCAAGGCCAAGAGUGACUACCUGGCUCAUUUUAUACGUUGCCUUCUCCAGGCUCUCAAUGGUUCUGAGGUGCAGGACCAUGAGGCCUUGGGAUUUGCUAACAUCAUCAAUCAUCUCAUUACCAAGUUCCCCAUAGAGCUCAUUGCUGGUCAAUCUGCUGGUCUUCUAAACUCCUUUGUGGAUUCUCUAUCAAGCUUCACCUGUCUUUGUGGCCGGCAAGCUGCACUGGAAGAAGCAGUAAGUCCUUUAAGUUUUCUUAAUCGACCAGUUUGUUAA